GCCAUCUUGGCGGCAGAGCGAUGAGCGGGUCUAAUUCGAAGGCUGCGGCCGUGGGGUCGGCCGUUGGGCCCGGGGGGCUGGUAACUGGCAAGGAAGACAAGAAGAAGGCGGGCGGCGGCGUCCUAAACAGGCUCAAGGCGCGGCGGCAGGCGCCCCACCACGCGGCAGACGACGGCAUCGGGGCAGCGGUCACGGAGCAGGAGCUGCUGGCUCUGGACACCAUCCGGCCCGAGCACGUCCUGCGCCUCAGCCGGGUCACCGAGAAUUAUUUAUGUAAACCCGAAGACAACGUCUACAGUAUUGAUUUUACCCGCUUCAAAAUUCGAGAUUUGGAGACAGGGACAGUGCUGUUUGAGAUUGCCAAACCUUGUGUUUCAGGCCAGGAGGAAGAAGAGGACGAGGAAGGGGAAGCAGGCGGGGAUGUGGACGUCAGCGCCGGCCGCUUCGUCCGCUACCAGUUCACACCGGCGUUUCUCCGCCUCCGCACCGUGGGUGCCACGGUGGAGUUCACGGUGGGAGACAAACCUGUGUCUAACUUCCGGAUGAUCGAGCGGCACUACUUUCGGGAACGCCUGCUGAAAAAUUUCGACUUUGAUUUCGGCUUCUGCAUCCCCAGCAGCAGGAACACUUGCGAGCACAUCUAUGAGUUUCCCCAACUUUCUGAGGAUGUCAUUCGUCUGAUGAUUGAAAAUCCCUAUGAGACCCGUUCUGACAGCUUUUACUUCGUCGACAACAAGCUGAUAAUGCACAACAAGGCCGACUAUGCCUAUAACGGGGGCCAGUAGCAGCGGCUGGAACGGGCGGGGAGGCGCCUUGCCGUGGCCCGAGGCCCCGGUGCACGGAGGUGGUUGAAGCUGUUGUCUGCCGACACGUGUCUGGGACCUGGCCCCAGGCAGCCGAGGCUGGGGUGGCAGUUUCCUGUGCUCCAGGAGAGGUGCCAGGCAGUGCUGUGUCUCUCUCCCCCCCGUAUUUUUUCCUCCCUUUGCCCCCUGCCCCUUAGGUCGCAGAAGUUGUAAAUCUUAGAAUAAGACUCCUGGAAUCCAGAUAGAAAGAAAGUUUAUUUUCCCGGCUCCUCCAGGAUGUCCUGAUGAGCCUGGGUCCCUGCAGGCACAGCUGUACCAGGGAGAGAAGGCUCUUCUGUAGGUUCAGGGCCCUCUGCGAAGCUGAGACUCCUCCCUCACCGGCAGGGCCGCCAUCAGCACACUCUGACGUCAGCCUGAGUAUCGUCCUUAACCUCCUGGAGAGGACCCUGAGCCGAGCGGAGGGGAGGAUGGGGCCAGGAGUUGAGGCUCGGGGGUGGGCAAAGCUGCCGAGCCUAGGGAGCCGCUUACCUGUCUGACUUCCGGGAUCUUGGCUGCUCCUCCUGGGGCACCCCCGAGGUUUCAGCCUGGCUGUGCCUUCCUGUUCUCCUUCCAGACAGAAGACGGCUUGCUCUGCUUUUCCUAGCUCCUACCUUUUGAGUUUCUCCUGAAAUCGAAUGUGUCCGUUUUCGCUCUGGGAACCGUAGUGUCGCUCGAGGCUAGCACAGGCCUCGUUGUUUUGUAUUUUUAUUUCUAGGCUUCUUGUGGGGAGGUUUUACAAAGUGUCAGGGGUGCUCCCAGCGUACGUGAUGUGUGGCUAGACUUCUCCGAGUACUGAUUAGGCUCCUGCGGCUCCUCUGGCCCUUGUCCCCUCUGCUUUUGUAUUGAAGCUGCUCUGGAACCAUCCUAGCUGGUCCCACCUAAGUAAGGCAAAUUCUGGUCCUGUGGACCGCUAGUUGGAAUGGUCGCAGUGUUGGGAAAGGGGGAAAUGGGCUGAGGAGGCCUGGCAGAGACAUGUGUUCUCCAAAACGUGUCUCUUUGCACUUCCCUCAGGCCCUCAUUGGGCGGACUCUCCCCGCCUCAGCUCCCUACCGCUGUCUAUGUGGGCGGAUGUAGGUGCUCAGGCCAAACUCCUGCCCUUCUGAUGAGAUUGUCGCCGUGGCCAGGGCUCAGCAUUCAUAGGAAGGUCGCAGUAGGAAGCACCCAGGCACGUGGUGCCUCUGACAGGAGCGCUGUCUCCCGUGUUGGGGCGAAAGGCCGGGUGGGGCCAGGAGAGGCGGACCUGGCCUUCGCUGCCCUGUGCUGCACCCUGUUUGGUUUCUAGAGCGUGAGUGGCCUUCAGCUUUGGUCCAGCGCUUUGUGCCAGGCCAGAGUCUGGGCUGUGCCAGAGGCUGGCAGCUCUCUCACUGAGAGAACCCUGGUUCAUCCUGGGUGCUGGCCCUGGACCCAGCCCCCAAGGGAGGAAGAAACCGGGCUCCCUGCAGGGCAGGCUGCUCACCCCAGACCCGAUGAGCCCCAGAACUGGAGUUGGCUGCAAAUCCAGGUGCCUUCGGCGUGGCUCCUUCCCGUCCCUGGCGGACCGACAUCAGCACUGCCUCUUCACUUUCUCUCUCUCACUGGGGCACCUUCAGCAGAUCUGUGUUCGUUGGGCUUCGGAGUAACCCCUUCUCUCUGUGACAAGCCCAGUCGGGAGAGUUUCUGCUAUUUGAUGUUUUAAUUACUAUCUAGGAAAUGGUUUGGAGCUGCCCAGAGCUCUGCUCAGGAGACCGUGUCCCAGGCAGACCCCGUCUUGUGGGCUCGUGGGCUGUCCCUCGCCUGCAGUGUUAGCGGUUGCUGGGAGGAGGGCAGGAGUGGGGGAGGAGGCCGGUGUUCUGGCUUGAAGAGUGCUGCACCCUGUUCCCAAGAACUUGCCUUAGUCUCACUGGAGACCACUAUGAGGCCGAGCGCCCGCUCUGUGCUCGGUGGCAUAGGGAUUGGUCCCCUUCUGCACUUGAAGGUCUGGUGUCUGUACCUGGGACUCCAGAUUCUUGUGUCCAGCUACUCAGGAAACCUUGAGAAGCAUCUGGGGUGUUAACUGGGAUAAGUCUGAAAUUAACCCUUCUGUACCCGAACUGGGGAGAGAAUUGGAAAUUACACUUUCUCUCAAAGUAUAUAUACUUUCUUCUGAACUCAUCAGAAGCUGAAUCAGGAGGCCGUGGCAUUGAGAAGUAUGGACUGUGGGCAGCAGUUACCUACCUGUGGGCACUGGGGUGGCAGGACAGAAACUGCCUGCCCAGGGAGACACACCCUCCCUCUGUUCAGAGCUGGCACCAGUGAGGCAGCUCCUGGAGGGAACACAUCCCAGCCGACCGGCUCGCCCCGCUGUGGCCAGAGGGCCUGCCGCCUGCACCCCUCCUCCUGUCUUGCUCCUGUCCUUCUGCCCUGGAGGCUCCUGGAAGAGCACCUUUCUUUUCCUGUGGCGCCUUUGGGCUAAGAUACCCUUUUAGCUUCUGCAGAGAAGACCAUGGUUUAUUUUAUUCUAUGUUUUAAAGAGUAAACAGGAAAUAAGUAAAAGUAGUUCUGGGAUAAAGUCGGUCAUCCUCUCCUCAUAUGUCAGCUUAUAGCUGUCUUGCAGGGAACGCAAGUUUUCAGGGCUUUGCAGGACUUCCUGAAGGCACUCACAGUCUGGGCCACCGAUUCUCAAAUAUAGGCAGUGAUUUGGGGAUCUUGGAGCUCUCCUUAGACUGGAGAGUCUUGACGUGGCAAUAGCUGGGGGGAUCUUCAACUUGUUUUUUCAGUCGAAGUGGGACUCAUUUCUGGAAUGGCCUUAACAGGCUGUGUCCAGCACGCCCGUUGGGUGUCUUGCCACCCUUGAUAUUCUUAGUUCAGUGCUCCCAGUACUGUUACUUUUUUCUGUAAAGUCACUUUCUUCCUGGUGGCCGUUGUCACUGCGACAUCAGUGAGGUUGGGGAAUGGGGGCCAUUCUCAGGAUUACGGCACAGACUCAGUGUCUGUGGGUGAGGACCCCUGCUGCAGAGGGUGCCGCUCUACCCGGUGAAGGAGCCUAAGCGUCGAUCAUGUUUCUCACAUUCCAUGUCACGGAACGUCUUAGGCACAAGAAGGAGGUGGAUUUACCCCUUGUAUACAGAGGUUCAUGUAAAGUCGUUGAACUUGUGAAAGUCUAUUUUUUCCCCCCGUAAAUCUAUUUUUCACAGAAUAUAAGAAACGUCAAUGACCAAAUCUGUCCUUCCUCCCUUUCCCCUUCACCUAAGAUCCUCAUUCCAGUUUGUAUUGUCUUUAUGUCCAAAGUAAACUAGGUGACUUAUUUGUAUAAAAUGUUAUUUUGCCACAAGAGACAGUAAUAAAAGAAAGAUUUUCACAGUA